CGGCAUUCUUGCGUCAGGAGAAUAAACGACUUUGAUAUCCGUUUACCUCUACCGGUUCACGUCCAGUCUAGUUCACCUUCGGAGCGUGGUGAACUGAUUGAAGUUGGUCCAUUCUCCGGGCUUGAUGGCGCUGCUUCAUACAAGGUCCCAUUUUUGUUUGAAAGAAUGUUGUCGCUGUCUCUGACGACCCCGUGUAAUUUCCGACUUCAUCAUCGUAUUCACAGACACAGCAACAGCUCCACACCAGCAAAAAGAAAAAUCAUCGCCUGGUUUUGUUUGCUGUCGCAAGAUCUAAGAUCGCGAGUAUCACGAUUGAAAAUGCGACUCGAAUUUCAUUUUCAUUCAAAAAUAGAGGCAGGAGCAGGACGAGGGCCUUGACCUGAGCUGCUGUUUGUGUAGUUCGAGAGAGGUAAAGACAGGGCGCCAGUGCUUGAGGAAGCUUCCUUGCACUUACGAUAAGAUCGAAAAAAUCAAAAACUAAUAUGGUCACGGCCAACAGCCCCGUCGUUCCUACACUACGAGAGGAGCAUCAUCAUGAGAACCAAGACGAGCAACUGCCUCUCGGUGGUCUGAAGACGCGGUCUUCUCUGUCUUCCCUUAUAUCCUCUCCCUCGGCUUCGCCUUCGCCCGCCACUGCGAGUACUACAGCGGAACAACCUUUGCCAACUACUGACGAUAGGACAGUUCUUGUUGUGAGACUCAACUUCGCUAGCUACAACACGCACCUGUUUGGGAAAAGCUUCGCAGCAUGGCUUCCGAAAUCGACCUACCACGACGACUUGCGGGCCGCCACGCUUGGAAAGCGGCUGCAAGACGACUUGCCGGUGGACGUCAUCGGUUUCCAAGAACUUUUCGACGUUCGCUACCUGGAUCGUUUCUCGGAACUGGCCGGUUGGGGCUCGCACUACCACACCAGGGAUCUUCUCACGGUCGAGGAGCUGCGGAAGCUGAAAACCUUGGGAAAUAACCCGAGCCACCCCGCAACUUUUGUUGUCACUGAUAAGCGAUCUUCACCUGCGCGGAAUGAUGAAAGCUUAACGACUUUACAUGAAGCGGGCAUUGCACCAGGAGCAAUCGAUAUCGAAUUCCACACGACGGAAAAAAACGCGGCUAAGCGGGCGAGUGACUCUGCUUCGACCAACUGCCCGGACGCUUACAGAAUACAAGAAGUUCCUUCUUCGAGCGCAGUUGCAAAAUCGCGGUCGUUCUCCUCCACCUUCUCUGGUGAAAAGCUGCUGCAGGACGCCACCAUACAAGCGGGAAGCGCCGCUUUAGGAUGUCGUGUAGCAAGAGCAGACAUGAAAGUGUACCAGGAGACGUUGCUGGGGGCAGCGGGGGGCGUCGCGGUGAGUCCGGCCAUUUCUUGCGGGCGAGCGCUGCUGAAGGUGUGCCCGACGAGAAAAAGUAUUCGACUGUUUGAGUUUAUACGUCUUCUUGCGAGCUGCAAGCACUACUCGUAUUCAUUGUGGCUAUGGCUAUGCCAUAAGUAGCGGAAGUUUAUUUUCGCAUUCGCGGCCGCCAUCAUGGCCGAUCUGAUUGGUAUCGAAGCAAGAAAACCAACGUACUUCAACGCACCUCUUUAAUAUGACAUCAUCAUUGUCCAUACAAAAUUUCACAACAGGGCAAGGUGCACAUGAGCAUGGCGAACCGAAGCAGUGCAGAAACAAUUAUCGUGCUUCUGCACCCGCAGUUGUAGAGGAACACCAACUACCAUUUGAAAGGCUGCCGGAACCAGGACAAAUUGCAAUUGUUUCCUCGUCGUCAACCGGUUGUGGUAGCACGGAAGACGCGCAGCGAGUCGCCAACGGAGCAAGUCUUUUUCGUAGUGGUGACGCGGAAAAUCUUCAUUAUCAAAGCCAGAGUGCGUGGUGUCCCCCGAUUACUCCAUCGAUUGAAUUUGCUGGGAAAAAAGUAAUCGAGUUGAAGGACCACGAAAGCAGCUGCUCCUCCAGCUCUACCGUCGCCGUCGGUCUGGACGAGAGCCGCGCUGAUUGCCAUGCAGGGGUUUGUUUCAUUGCGUCGCAGAUGGCUUCUUGCUCUUCCGCACCUGCAAGUUCUUGCACGGCCGGGCUGUACGCUCGCAAGUUGAAUCUGUUGAAUCCCUCAGCAAGAAGCACAACGGCGAGCUCCGACUCCAGCUUGGCCAGUACAAAAGGCGAUGACUCGUCGUCGGACGACGAAGCGGAAAGGAUGCAGCGCUCUUUCUCUGCCUUUCGUAGCAUUCGCGAUACCUCUGCCCCGUCUGCGACAACGACCGCUUCUACCGGUGUUACAAGGAGAGCUAAGAUGAGCAGCAGGGCCAACGCAAACGCCUGUGGCUGGAGUCCUGCGCCAGCGAUAUUGGAAGACGAAGAUCAUCCUCAUCUUGAUGAUGGCAAAAGUAAACACCGUGCACGAUCACGAGCCGUUGCAGCAAUAGGAAUAGCUGAGCGAGAGCGAUGCGAUGCUGGGACAUCAAAGUUCGAGACCUUUCCCGCUGCGCCUGUAGUUUCCCUAUCGCCAGCGACAACAAAUACAAAAGCUACUUCUUGCGGUGGGAUCGAAAUGACAUCUUCAACGCACACCGGUCAGCUAGCGUCUGCAGGCUACCAAGCAGCUGCUGUCGUGGUAGCAAACGAAGACGAGGAUUUCGGUGUGGUACCCUGUGAGACGACCAGGGCCGCCGACUGCAAGGAGGAGAGCAGUCCCAGCAGUCCGCGGAGAAACGUAGCAGCCGCACCAUCUUCGUCCGAGGACAAACAGCUCCCAAAUGUUGAUCUUCCCUUUCGAUCCAUGAAGGACUUGGACGUGUUCGGGAGAUACGAGCCGAGCGAUUUGAGCGGCCUGCAGAAGUGGUUUCGUUCGCACUGCAGUUUGCGCGACGGACUUUUUCUCCUGUCGAAGUACCCAACCAGGCACGGUCUCACCGUAGCUUUGGAAGCAACGGGCGGCUUGGAAAGCGUCGUGCGGCGGGGCGUGCAAGCAGCGUACGUUGAAGUAGGUCGUGGAAGAAAUAAGAACACAGCAGGGCAAGGGGAACUGGAAGGACAACUGCGCAGAAAUUUCUCCGGGGACGACGUUCAGAAUCAUCACGUCAAAAAUGCAAAAAAUGAAAUUCCAGCACCAUCUCCCAAGAGCGAUGCAGCUGCUUCGCGCGGGUUUUGCGUGUUCAACCUGCACGCCCACUACGGCGGGUCGUUGCACGAGGUGAAGACGCGGAUGAAGAACAUCCUGCAGCUGCGUGAAAUCGUUGACGAAUACCGCGAGUUGGUGCAACAGCUGGAACCCGGCUACGACGGCGAGGCCUUCGUGAUUCUCGGAGACCUCAAUAUCAUCCACAACUCGGAAACCUACUUUUUUCUUCGAAACACUUUCCCGGAGUGCGGCGACGCGGACUGCAGUGGGGAGUUGAGUUCCAAUCCCUCGGAAAACGGACUCAUCAGAAAAUUCGAACCCUGGCACCACGACCACGCAAAGCUGGAUUACGUGCUCUACAGCAGCAAGCACUUCCGACACGUUCGUUCCGAAGUGCGGAAAGACCUGCGCUUUGCCGUUCCAGGACGGGAUGUCGGAGCCCAGGAUGUUGAUGUCCGUGCAGCUACGCAGCAGGUGGCUUCUGGCAAUGCAGUGUCAGAUGCGAAUCGGAGUUGCUCUAGUGGUGGAGAAAGGGACGAAACAUCAAUUAGUGGGAGCUCGACCAGUGGCAGCACAACUACUGGCGGAUCGGACGAACACAAUUUUCCAUCUGGUUCUUCUUCUUGUGGGCAGACCUCAACCUCCGGACGUGACGCAACUGGUACCCUCUUGAGCGACGAUCACAUUUCCGACCAUUAUAUGGUCACCGCGCAGCUCGAAUUCAGCUGCAUCUGCUAG